AGCCACUUCCUGGAAGCCAGGCAUGGGAGGGGCACCUUUCUGAUCCAGCUGGCUGGUGGUAGGAGGGAGCCCCAGCCCUUGGCCCGGCUCCUGUCUGCCUCAGUAACAGGGCUAAGGCGGCCAUGGCACAGGCGGGGGCGGUUGUCCUGAACCCUGACGUUGUCCAGAAGGACCCGAGGGAAGCGCUGGUCAUUGCAGUCACCGCCAGAGCCAUCUUCGACUUGGAGGCUGAGCACCAGCUGUUUCUGGCCCAGGGCACCGAGGAGUACAUCAAGCACCAGACCGCCCGAGCCAAGGAACCGCUGCGCCCGGGCACAGCCUUCCCCUUCAUCCAGGCAGUGCAGCUGGUCAAUCAGAGGCUGCUGGAGCGUGACCCAGAGGAACGAGGCCUCCUGGAUGUCAUAGUCCUCUCCAACAACAGCCCGGAGGCUGGCAGCAGAAUCAUUCACUGUGCCAGGCAGGCAGGUCUGGAGAUCUCCAAAUUCUGCUUUGUCAGGGAGAACGACUCCACCCAGUACCUGAGAGACCACAAUGUGAGGCUAUUUCUGUCCGCAGACAAGACUGAUGUCUGCAACGCCCUGAGGAGGGGGGUGCCGGCUGCCCUCAUUUUCCAGCAGGAGGUCCAGGCCCCCAGCACCCAGCUUCGCUUGGCCUUUGAUGGCGAUGCCGUGCUCUUCUCAGAUGAGACGGACCGCGUGUUCCAGGAGCGGGGGCUGCCGGGGGCCGUACAGUACGAGAAAGUGCUGGAGGCAGUGCCCAUUGGUGAAGGCCCCAUGAAAGCCUUCGCCAUGCAGCUGGGACGACUCAGAGAGAAGUUUAGUGAGGACGAGUCUCCGGUGCGCACAUACCUGGUGACGGCUCGCAGUGAGGGGGGCAUGAGCCUCCGUGCUCUGAACACCCUGCGGGCCUGGGGGCUGCACCUCGACGAGACCUUCUUCAUGGACGGGGCCCCCAAGGGGCCCACCCUGGCCCAGAUCCGCCCGCACAUCUUCUUUGAUGAUUCCCUGCACAACAUCCAGGGGGCUCAGGACGCUGGCGUCCCCUCUGCCCUGGUGCCCCGUGGCUGCUGAGGGGCCUCUGCAGCGUCCUCUCUGCCGCUGUCUCUCCACUCCAUCUGUCUCUCUCUACCUCUGCGUCUGUCUCUGUCUCGUUCCUGCGUCUGUCUCUCUCCUCCUUCGGUCACGUUGUCCAUCCCCCUGUCUCCAGGCAGGGCCACACUCACAGGAGAGGGAAUCCAUGGCCUUCCCCGGCUGUGACGGUUCCCCCAGGGGGCUGCCCACACUCCCCUCUGCUGUGUGUACAGAAAGUCCCAACCUCAAGGGGAACCAAGAACCGUGCAGUGGAACACACACAGAACAUACUAUCCAUCCAAGGCCCUGGGCCUGAGCAAGGAGUCGGGGGGAGGGAGGGAGAGAAGCUUUUCUUAAUGCCUACUGUGUGCUGGGCGUGGUGCUAACUGCCUACAGUAUUAUCUCAGCCUGGAGGGGUAGGUGCUAUUAGGAUUCUUCUUACAGUUGAGGAAACUGAGGCAGACGGUGAUGAAGUGACUUGCCCAGCGUCACACAGCCAGGAGUGUCUGUGUUGGAGUUAAGCUUAGGUUGAGUAUUGGCCAGGGUUGGAGAGCUGAACUCUGCGCGGUUCACCACCCAGAAGGCCUCAGGCAGCCAGCCCCUUCUGCUCUCUGGGCCUCAGGGACCCUUCUGUAAACCCAGGGGCUUUCCCAUUCUGUUUCCUUGCAUGCCCUUCCUUAAAGGGGCCACUGAAGGGACGCCAGGGCUGGGAGAUGGGAAGCUGGCCGGAAGAUGGAGAUGGUCAAGCGCGCUGCUUAGCACCCUCCCAGGAUGGGGCUGGGAAGUCGCUCUUCUCAAAGCUCCCCUCCUCUCCUGCCCUCCGCCACAGAAUAAAGGACGGCCGAGCUGGCUGAGUGAGAGCC